GUUUAUUCAGCGUCCACUAUGCAUUUACCCGACAGUGAUGUAGGAAAGGCGUUCAAAUGCAGUCUGUCGAACUGUAAAUACUGCACAUUUCAUCCUCACUCGCGUUGGAUCAGACCUGCCCUCCCGAAACUCACAAUGGGUUAGAAGGAGGAUGCGCGGAUUAUCCACUUUCAACACUUUGCAAGGAUGGGGACUUGGAUUUUCUGUUCUGGCAGAAACGUCUUGACAAAGGACGGAGUGGGAAAAUAGAUUCGGGAUUUCUUCUCCCAAACCUGUUCUUUCGUUUUUAUUUAAUUCUGUUUUGAGAAAUGAUUGCUGAGCUGGUGUGCAGCGCCGUGGCAUUAGUCCUUUAUGUCAACACAUUGGGCGCCGAUUUCUGCUACGAUGACAGCCGAGCGAUCAAGACCAACCAGGACCUGCUGCCCGAGACGCCGUGGCUCAACCUCUUCUACGACGACUUCUGGGGCACGCUGCUCACGCACAGCGGCAGCCACAAGUCCUUCCGCCCCCUCUGCACGCUCUCCUUCCGCCUCAACUACGCGCUGGGCGGCCUGGACCCACGCGGCUACCACAUGGUCAACGUGGCGCUCCACGGCGCCGUGACGGGCCUCUUCGCCGGGGCCGCGCGUCAGCUACUCGGCCGCUCCUGCUGGGCGCUGCUGGCGGGCCUUCUCUUCGCCGCACACCCCAUCCACACGGAGGCCGUGGCCGGGGUGGUGGGCAGGGCGGACGUGGGCGCCGCCUUGUUCUUCCUGCUGGCUCUGCGGUGCUACGCGUGCCACUGCAGCUUGAGGGAUGGCGGAGGGAGAGGAGGGCGAGGUGGUGGUGGGGGGUGGAGGGGCUGGGCGUGGCUGGCCGGCUGCCUGGCGAGCUCGUUGGCCAGCAUGCUGUGGAAGGAGCAGGGGGUGACGGCGCUGGCCGUGGCGGCGCUCUACGACGUCUUCGUGGUGCACCGGCUCAAGCUGCCGCAGCUCUUCACACUCAUCAUCAGAAGGAAAAAUCUGCAGCUGCUCCUCAGUGUGUUCCUGCUGGCUGCCUGGGGCGUGGCCCUGCUGGCCUUCCGCCUCUACUGGAUGGGCAACAAGCCGCCCAACUUCUCCAACUCCGACAACCCGGCCGCCGACUCCCCCAGCCUGCUGACCCGCACCCUCACCUUCCUCUACCUGCCCGCCGUCAACGCCUGGCUGCUCCUCUGCCCCGACACGCUCAGCUUCGACUGGUCCAUGGACGCCCUGCCCCUGGUGCGGAGCGUGGGCGACCCCAGGAACCUUAUCACGGUGGCCUUCUACGUCGUUCUUCUAGUGCUAGGCUGGUACGGUCUGGGGCUGCCCUUCCGCCCGUCGUCUUCAGGGUCUUCUUCAACCCGGGGCAAGGAGUCAAAUGGCAAGGCCAACCACCACAACCACCACCCGGGUAUGACCAACGGAAAGCUGACCACCACCAACGGCCAUGGACACCACCACCACCACGGCGGGGGCUCGGACCAGGAGCACGGCUCCUCCGAGAACGAGCAUCCGCCCGGGAUGGAGAACGGCACCAAGAAGAACAACAACAACAACCACGUCCACCAGGCGGCACACUCCCUGAACCACGCAGCAUCCAACACCACCACCACGCUCCCCACCACGGAGAACGUUCUCAUCUUCUCCCUGGGCCUGAUGGUGAUUCCUUUCCUUCCGGCCACCAACCUCUUCUUCUACGUGGGCUUCGUGGUGGCCGAGCGCGUGCUCUACAUCCCCAGCAUGGGCUUCUGCCUGCUGGUGGCCGUGGCCAUGCGGGCGCUGUGCGUGCGGCUGCGGCGGCGCUCCUCCAAGAGCCUGGUGCUCUACCUGGGCGCUGGCCUGGUGCUGCUGUUUGGCGUCAAGACGGUGCUGCGCAACCAGGACUGGCAGAACGAGGAGAUGCUCUACCGCUCAGGGAUCACCGUCAACCCUGCUAAAGCCUGGGGUAACCUGGGAAACGUACUGAAGAACCAGGGCAACAUGGAGGAGGCUGAACGCGCCUACAGGAACGCGCUGUACUACCGCAGAAACAUGGCCGACAUGCUUUACAACCUGGGUUUGCUGCUGCAGGAAAGCAACAAGUUCUCGGAGGCUCUCCACUACUAUAAGCUGGCCAUUGGGAGCAGGCCAACACUAGCUUCCGCGUACUUGAACACGGGCAUCAUCCUAAUGAACCAGGGCCGUGGCGACGAGGCCAAGCGCACCUUCCUGACGUGUGCCGACAUCCCCGACGAGAACCUAAAGGACCCGCACGCCCACAAGAGCUCGGUCACCAGCUGCCUCUACAACCUGGGCAAGCUGCUGCACGAGCAGGGGCACCAGGAGGAGGCACUCUCUGUCUUUAAGGAAGCAAUACAGAAGAUGCCAAAGCAGUUCGCUCCUCAGAGCCUCUAUAAUAUGAUGGGAGAGGCCUACAUGCGUCUGAAUCGGCUGGUGGAGGCUGAGCAUUGGUACAGGGAGUCGCUGAGGGCCAAGCCAGACCACAUCCCUGCACACCUCACCUACGGCAAACUGCUGGCCAUGACGGGCCAGAAGGCUGAGGCGGAGAGGUACUUCCUAAAGGCCAUCCAGCUGGAUCCCGCCAAGGGAAACUGCUACAUGCAUUACGGUCAGUUUUUGUUGGAGGAGUCUCGUCUGUUGGAGGCUGCAGAGAUGGCGGAGAAGGCAGCGCGCCUGGACAGCGGGGAGUUUGAUGUGGUCUUCAGCGCCGCUCACAUGCUCAGGCAAGCCAGCCUGAACGACGCCGCCGAGAAGUAUUACGGCCAAGCAGCGAGCCUGCGACCAAACUACCCCGCUGCUCUGAUGAACCUGGGCGCCAUUCUCCACCUGAACGGCAAGCUACAGGAGGCGGAGGCCAACUACCUGCGGGCCCUGGAGCUGAAGCCAGACGACUCCAUUACCCAGUCCAACCUGCGCAAGCUCUGGAACAUCAUGGAGAAGCAGGGCCUAAGGACCAUGGCACCAUGAUUACCCAUGAUAGACAGACAAGAAAGACAAGAUCGUACAUGGCACGCACACACUUACAGACCUAUAACACAGAAAAAGAUGAUCGUUAACACACAAACAAUGGACAAAAAGGCCCUUUUGCUUUUGUCUGGUCCUCCGCCAUCAGUCUUCUCAUCCCCGUGUAGAUGUUGGCUAGCGCGAAUGCUAACCUAAGGGCUCACAGAGGACCGUGUAGCCUUCUUGCAUCUUCGCCAUCUUGCAUCUGCUGUUGCUGCACUCGGACCACUGGAGCGGCUGUGGACAUGACGAGGCCAUGUGUGUGAAGAUCGGUUUAUUUUCUGUUGGUUUGUUUUGUUUUUUGUUUUUUCUCUGUCAAGUUCUUGAAGUUCACACUAAGGCCAGAGGGAGCUUGGCCUAAAAACAAACUACGAACUUAAAAACUUUGGUCUAUUGGUUCAUACUUGAAGAAAAAAAAGUAAUUUGUGUUAAAUUAAAGACUCGUCUUGAUUGGUUGGGUUGUAAUAACAUGAUACCUACAUGUCUUAGGGGCAAUGUUUGCCUUUGGGGGUUGGUGCAAAAUGAUUGGGGCAAAAAGGGAACAUUUUGACUACAGUACCCAAAUGGCCUUCCUCGGCGCAAGGAUACGUUGCCAUGUAAAUUUGUUUCUCUCUCUUUAUCUCUAUCUCUUGCUCUCUUUUUUAUUUAACUCUUUGAGUGACAUUGUUGCAGCCAGUUUCUCUGCACUUUGUAGAAAUGGAAUAUCACUAACUCACAGCCCCGGUUUCCUUGUUUUGCUAUGUGCUAGGGGAAGCUAUGAAGCGAGACCGUUUUCUAUGGUAGCCUAUCGUAUAAACUAAUACCAAAUAUCUCAUCACUAUACAGUACACCCCAUGUCUGUGAAGUAUGAUGAAGCAUGGUGUGCGUGUGUGUGUGCUUGUGUGUGAGUGUGUCUGUGUCUGUGUCUGUGUCUGUGUCUGUGUCUGUGUCUGUGUCUGUGUCUGUGUCUGUGUCUGUGUGUCUCUGUGCGUGUGUGCGUGUGUGCGACUUUGAUGCUGGAAGGGCAAAGGUUUCCAGAUGGUUUGUCCCAGGUCUAGAUGAUCAAGAUGACAAGUUCUUGUAAAGGUUUCUGUGUGAAAACCAAUAGAAACCUGUGUUUUAGGUCGUUAGAAACCUGUGUUGAAGGUCUCUUGUUUGUUCAAUGAUGUAGGUCUGCAGGGUAGGAAUCAAUGCAAUGCUCUCUCGCACAGCAAACACACACUGCUUCAGUUCAGCACCUAACCUCUUGUUUCCCCCACCAUUAUCCCUUUGGCUUUUUUAGACUGACCUAAAACCUUACAGCGCUGUCUCCUUCUGUGUAAAUGCCAUUAUUUGCAGCUUUCACCGUAACGAGGGAUUUUAUUUUAUUCGUCAAGUUUAAAAUGUCCCUCAGUGGUUUCACCAUCAACGUCUGUCACUGUUUAAUGACUUGACUCUGCCAUUUCACUUCCAGCCAAGUGCAUUUUCAGAAACGAAUGGGUUUCUUUUUUCCUUAAGUAAUAAUAUGAGCUAAUGGUUUUAGUUGAGGUCCACUCUUCUCCCUGGACAGAAGGCACAGGACUGUUGACUGGUUGUACUUUGCCUUAAAAAUGAAGCUGAAUAAUGGGACUGUAGCAGAACAUCUGGGAGUUCGGGUUUUUUUUUUCCUAUUAUUUAUUUUCUCCUGAAAUGCCAUUUGUGUACUUCACUGAAGGAGCGUAUACAGGAGUUGUAGCAGAGGACCGGUCCACCAAAUGUGUUCCCUCCCUUCCCCUUAAUACUGAACGGUGGGUUACGAAGGAAAAUGGUCGCCUAAUGCAACAAAGGUACUUUUAUUUUUUCACUUCAUUUGCUGUUUGACAGCUGUGAGCUGAAGGAACCAAUGAUCCAAUGUUUGGAUCGCGUACAGUGUUUUACCAAGAGUAUUCAUUCAUUAACACGAACAAAAGGCCAUUCGUAAAGUAGAUGAAUAAGAAUUUGAUUACAAAAUAACAUGAUAUCCACACACAAUCAAUCUUGAGCGAGAAUUGACCACUUUAAAAAUCACUCUUGAUUUUUUCUGUUUGCCAGGACGUGGCUUUUGAUUCUCGCUAAACAAAAAUUGUUAAUAAUAUAUUAGAUAUUGACUGCCCUUCAAGACAAAAAGAAUGAUUUUGAUUUAUGUUUGACCCAAUAAUUGUGCUCAAGCUAUCUGUUCUGAUGACCAAAUGACCUGUUAGGACGAAAGUUUAAAUUGAAUAAGUGUAUCAUUUAGAAGAUAAAACACUGGUGUUUCCUAAUUGUUAAUUCAUGGAUCCUCAAGGUAAAGCAUAUAUUCAUUUUGUUCAGACACAGCUGAAGAAUAUGUAUUCUAAUUGGCCAUGUUGGACUAUUGAACCAGAUUUUACUUCUUUCAUGUCAUCACUGCACCAAGAAUUGUUGUCUAUAUGUAAAGUUAGUUUAUGUGUGUAAUUCCUUAUUUUGGAGUGUAUAGAUGAAACAUAAUAUAUAAAAGAAGGCUUUGUUAUCUUGCGUUAAAAAUUUAAACGAACAAACUUUGAGAGGUUCAAUCACGAGGUUAUUCUGAAUUAUAUUGAAGAAGUUGUGUAAAAUCAUCUUGUUAGGUUUUUUCCCCUGUUUUACAAUUUCAGUGCUAUUUGCUAUUUUAUUUUAUAUUUCAUUGUACGUACUGUCUGUUCUAAUCUUUCUUUCAAUGAAAUCGACAAACAAACUGGGAGCAAAUCAUUAUGGAAGAAUUCACAAGGUGUGUGUGUGUGCGUGUGCGUGUGUGUGUGUGUGAGACAUUUUUUAUAUUCCUUUAAUAUUAGUUUUUCGUGUGUCAAUGGAAAGCAAUGCAGCUGGGACUGUGUUGUAUUUCAGAGACUUCCCGCUGACUUUAUAGGAAGGCACAUUGCUCUAGAAAUGUGGUUUAUUUAGUUCACUUGAUACGUCAAGUCUCAUUAUCUCUCCUGUUUCUUUAAGUGGUAAGAUAUUUUGUAUGUUUUCGUGUUUAUUUCUAGGAUUUGUGUCUGGGAGUGGUUAUGCUAUGUGUAGUUGUCUACAGAAAGAGUGAUGGGAAUUUCUGUGUGUGUGUGUGUGUGUGUGUGUGUGUGUGUGUGUGUGUGUGUGUGUGUGUGUGUGUGUGUGUGUGUGUGUGUGUGUGUGUGUGUGUGUGUGUGUGUGUGUGUGUGUGUGUGUGUGUCUGUCUGUGUGUGUGUGUGUGUGUGUGUGUGUGUGUGUGCGCGCGCGCAAGUUGCAAGACGUUAGAUACAGUAUAUACCAUUCAGAGGUCGAAGCCUAAUACUACACCCUACAAGGUCAGAUGCUGUUAUGUUCUAACGAUACAGAUAAAGAGUAAUUUUGUGAGGCUGUUUCGACUUUACAUUGGGGACACAGUACUUACAAUCAUUAACAUACAUUUCCUGAUAGAUACAUAGUUCUCAGUGUGUGUAUGCGUGUGCGUGUGUGUGCGUGUGUGUGAGCGUGUGUGUGUUUGUCCAUCUGUCUUUCUCUGACGUCUUUAUUCUUUUACGUUUAGUCGCUGAUGUUUGUGAACAUGAAAGGGAAGUCAAGUUUUGUUGCUAUGACAUGAAUGAUUCAAAACAAAUAAAAAAAAUGUCCAUUAUCCUCACCCCACCCCCACCCUAUCCUCUCCUCACCCCUCCAUCACCAUUCCCUCUGCCCCCCUUUUCCUUGUAUGUGUGUGUGGGUGCGUGUGUGUGUGUGGGAGAGAGAGAGAGAAAAUUUGAGAGGAUAUCAGACCUUUCAUGAUGUGUCUCUACUCAGGGAUUCCAAGCAGUUGGGUUGGUGUAUGAGUGUGUGCAUGUGCUCCCAGAGCAUCGAGAGAGUUUACUAAAUUAAAAAAAAAAGUGUUUUAUUUUUUGAGAUGUUGUUGUAUUUGUAUAAAUUAUCAAGAUUUGUAGCCUUUUGGGGUUUUGUAAUAUCAAAAGAAAAGAAAAACAAAACUGCAAAAAAAAAAAAAAAAUCCUGUGCCAGAGUAGACUUUCCCAGUUGUUGCUUUUUUCCACAAUAAAGUAAUUGUG